AUGGACGAAUCGUUCAUCGGCAUGACAGGAGGCGAGAUCUUCCACGAGAUGAUGCAGAGACACAACGUCAAACACAUCUUUGGGUACCCCGGCGGAGCCAUCCUGCCCGUCUUCGACGCGAUCUACAACUCCGAAAAGGUCGAUUUCGUCCUCCCAAAACAUGAGCAAGGCGCCGGACACAUGGCAGAAGGGUACGCCAGAGCGUCGGGGAAACCGGGGAUUGUGCUGGUCACCUCCGGUCCAGGCGCCACGAACGUUGUGACCCCGAUGCAAGACGCGCUCUGUGACGGGACGCCCAUGAUCGUCUUCUGUGGGCAGGUCGCGACCUCUUUGAUUGGGAGUGAUGGCUUCCAGGAAGCGGACAUGCUGGGCAUAUCGCGCUCCUGCACGAAGUGGAACGUCAUGGUGCGCCAUGUCUCCGAGCUCCCGCAGCGCAUCAACGAGGCGUUCCAAAUCGCGACGACUGGGAGGCCAGGCCCGGUGCUGGUCGACCUCCCUAAGGAUGUCACUGCUGCCAUUCUGCGGAAAGCAAUCCCGACCGCAUCGGCGUUGCCCUCCAUUCCGUCUAUCAAACCUAUGAAGGCAGCGCCACCUCAGUCAAUUGCUCGGGUGGCGGAGUUGAUCAACAAAGCCAAAAAACCUGUCAUCUACGCGGGUCAAGGUGUGAUCAGCUCCGCGAAUGGUCCUCGAUUGCUCCGCGAAUUGGCGGAGCGAUCCUCGAUUCCGGUCACGACUACCCUGCAGGGACUCGGUGCCUUCGAUGAGCUGGACGAGAAGUCCCUGCACAUGCUCGGGAUGCAUGGUUCAGGGUACGCCAACAUGGCGAUGCAGGAAGCGGACCUGAUCAUCGCCCUGGGGGCACGAUUCGAUGACCGGGUCACCUUGAAUAUCAAGAAGUUCGCGCCCGCGGCGAGAGCGGCCGCAGCAGCCGGAGUCGGGGGGAUCGUGCAUUUCGAUAUCCUGCCCAAGAACAUCAACAAGGUCGUCCAAGCAACCGAGGCAGUGGUGGGAGAUAUCUCUGAGAGUCUGUCGGCGGUGCUGCCCUUGAUCAAACAGAAAGAAAUGACCGAUCCCGACCGGAAGUCCUGGUUUGGGAAGAUCAAGGAGUGGAAGGGUCGCUGGCCGCUGAACAUGUAUGACCGGUCUGAACGGUCGCAUUUGAUCAAACCGCAAGCGUUGAUCGAGACACUCAGCCAAUUGACCGCCGAUCGCAAGCAGGAAACCAUCAUCACCACCGGAGUCGGGCAACAUCAGAUGUGGACGGCGCAACAGUAUCGCUGGCGAUACCCGCGCACGAUGAUCACCUCGGGCGGGUUGGGCACCAUGGGUUUCGGCUUGCCCGCUGCUAUCGGGGCCAAGGUGGCCCGACCGGAGGCGUUGGUCAUUGACAUCGACGGCGAUGCUUCGUUUGGCAUGACUUUGACUGAGCUCACCACCGCCGCGCAGUUCAAUAUCGGGGUCAAGGUUAUUGUGCUGAACAACGAAGAACAAGGCAUGGUGACGCAAUGGCAGAACCUCUUCUACGAGGAUCGCUACGCUCACACGCACAUGAAGAACCCAGACUUCAUGAAGCUUGCCAAGGCGAUGCACGUCCAGCAUCGGCGAGUAACCAAGCCGGAGGAAGUGGCUGACGCCCUGGAGUGGCUGAUCAACACCGAUGGCCCUGCAUUGCUGGAAGCCGUGACGGAUAAGAAGGUCCCUGUGCUGCCUAUGGUACCUGCUGGGUCGGGGCUGCAUGAGUUCAUCGCAUGGGAUGCUGAAGAGGACAAGAAAAGGAGAGACUUGAUGCGUGAACGGACUUGUGGUCUUCAUAGUUGA